CGAGACUUCGUAGUAUUAAGUUUAAUUAGAAAUGUCUUCAACAAAUGAAACUUGUUGCGUUUGCCUUAAUAAAGUUCAAAAUGACAUUCUUUUUGGAGAAAUGAUGACUUUAAAUGAGAUCAAUGCUCACUACUUUUGUUUGUUAUCAGCAACUUUUAUUGAACAAACCGGUAGAAUGCAAGGAGAACCAGAAGGAAUACUUGGUUUUACAAAGGACGAUAUUGCUUCAUCACUUCAGUCAUACCGAUCUACUUUAUGCUAUUUAUGUCGUCGAGAAUCAGCUGCUGUAAAAUGUGCUGAGAAAGGUUGUGAACGGUCCUGGCAUUAUCCGUGUGGAACUGUUUCAGGCUCAUGUGUUACAGAAUUCACAGGACAAUUCAAAUCAUACUGCGGUAAACAUUUUAAGGAUCCAAACAAUGGCAAAAAGCACCAAGAUAAUGCAUAUUGCUUAAUCUGUUUCGAUGUCAUAACCUCAUAUGAUCCAGCAAAUUCUAUAAUUUCAUCAUGCUGCCUUUAUGCAUCCGAUUACUUUAGAUGCUUUAAUCAUAAACAAUGUGUUUUGAAAUAUACUAAAAAUGCUGGCAAUGAUUCCAUGUGUAUCAAUUGCAUAAUGGAUCUACCGGAAUAUGAUUAUAAAUUAACUAAAGAACAAUGGCAAGAAGAAAUGAGAAAGAAAGGAAUUUUUAUUCCGAUGACAAAAGCUACUUGGGAACAAGGAAAUUAUUUUGUUGAUCAAGUCAAGCAAAAACUUCAACGGCAUAUCAUUGGACGAAGUUUUUCGAGUUUAUCUGAAGCACCAGCUGUUAAUGAAGACAAAAAAUGUCGCAGUCGAAUGAGUGGCUGGCAAAUUCAUUCAUAUUCUGAUAACAUCGGCGAAUUGCAAUAUUCAGAGAAGUUAAAGAAACCCGUCGUUCGAAAACCGACAGAACUGUUGAUAAAAGUUUUGGCAAGCUCAGUGAAUCCUAUUGACGUAGCAAUGAUGAACGGCUACGGAUCAACACUUCUUAAUACAAUGCGAUGUGAUUCAAGUGACAUUGAAUUUCCUUUGACACUGGGAAGAGAUUUCGUCGGUGAAAUCAUUCACAAAGGGCUUGAAAUCAAAUCAAGUGAUUACAAAGUUGGAGAGAAAGUUUGGGGAGUUGUUCCAGUUCAUCAUCAAGGUUGUCAUUGUGAAUAUGUCGCAAUUGAUUCAUCUUAUGUCUCGAAGAAACCUGAAAAUCUCAACGAUAUUGAUGCAAGUGCAGUACUUUAUGCUGGAUUAACAGCUUGGUCAGGAUUGUUUGUAACUGGUCAGCUUAAUGGCUUAAUUGGUGGUCUUUGUUCAGAUGGUGGGGGUGGAAAUGGAAAGAAAGUUCUUGUCAUCGGUGCUUCUGGUGGCGUUGGAUCAUUAGCUGUACAAAUGUUACAAGUUGAAGGUGUUGAGGUGGGCGCAACUUGUGGAACUGACGCAAUCUCAAUUCUUCAUAAUCUUGGAAUUCAAAAAGUCAUCGACUACACAGAACAGGAAUGUGAUCAACUUUUAAUUCAAGAAUCACCUUACGACAUCAUCCUUGAUUGCGCCGGAAAAGGAUCGGAAUAUGCGAAGGCACUUCCAUGGUCGUUUAAUUCAUACAUCACAUUCAAAUCUCCUUUACUGAAGAACUUCGAUUCACAUGGAAUUAUUGGUGGUGGGUUUAGAAAUGUUAGUGACCUGAUAAGCAGCAACAUAACUGGAAAUGGAGGAGUCAAAUGGGGAUAUUUCUGGCCAGCUCAAACAGGCAUUCAAUAUCUGAAGAAAUUAGCAGAGAAACAAAAACUCCUUCCAAUCAUCGACUCAACAUUCUCUUAUGACAAUCUUCCUGCUGCAUACCAAAAAGUACAAGAUGGACAUCUUCGUGGUAAAGUUGUCAUCGAUUUUAAUAAGAAUUAAAACAAUUUCGUUUUUAUUUCUGUAUGAAAAAGCAGUGUUAACGUUUUUAUUCGAUUAAAAAAUAAAUAUUUGUAAUGAUUAAGAAGCUUAUGAUGGCUGUUUCAUUCAUAAUUAUAUUGAAUUAUGCAGAAAACAAGCAGAAUAGUUUUUGAAAAAAAAAAUCUCAGCGACAAUUCGUUAAAUAUUUUUUGACAUGCAAAUUGCGCAAAAGUCAAGAUUGAAUUUCUCGGGAACACAACUUUCAUGGAAGAAAUGAUGACAAUUGAAGACAAUAACAUCAGACGCUUUACUACAAUCUUUAUCUUUGACUAAAAUGUCCCGUUGACAUAAGCAACAAUUUGAUUGUGUUCCGAUGUAAAUUCCCUUCUCUUGUUGCUUCACC